AUGCAUGUGAUUUAUUUAUCAUUUCUAAUUGUUUUCAUAAGAAGUGCAUUUGGUGGAGUGUCUUCUAGUUGGACGUACACAUAUGAUCCUAGUUCAACUGCUUGGAAUCCAUUGAAAGGCCUUGUGCCUUAUUACUAUUAUACAAGUUCUCAACCUCAAGUUAAUUUUCCACAUUCAAUGGAAAAUCAUUAUUUUCCAAUGAAAGAUUUAAUGACUGGUCCAGAUUCAUUCGAUUUCUCUUCGAUCGAUAGUGUUUUGAGAAAUGUUGCAAGUAGAAGUCAUCAUGCUAUUGUUCGAGUCUAUGUUGAUUGGCCUGGACAAGAUUUAAGUUUAUCUGUGCCUGAUUUUCUUUGGAAUGGACUUACUUUAUACUCAGGAUCUUCUGAUCAAGGUCUCUUUCCCGAUUAUAAUAAUCAAACGCUAAUCAAUGCUAUGGUCAUUCUUAUUCAAGCAUUAGGUCGAGCCUAUGAUGGAGAUAUUAGAAUUGGAUUUUGGCAGGUGGGAUUUCUAGGUCAUUGGGGUGAAUGGCAUACUUCACCUAAUACGACUUAUUUUGCAUCAACAUCUCAUCAAGAUCAAAUUAUUGCUGCUUUUACUUCAUCUUUUACUAAAACAAUUAUUCAACUUCGUUAUUUUGCUGUUACUGGAAGUUACAAUCCUACAAGUUUAAAUGUAGGAUUUCAUGAUGAUUCAUUUGAUCAAGAUACAUACGGAUUAUCUUGGAUGUUCUAUAAUACCAGUGUAGCAGUAGGAGCUACGAAUCAAUGGAGAAGUCGACCUAUUGGAGGUGAAGUUCGUCCUGAAUUGAUGCCUUGUGCAUUUGCAAGCGAUCCUGUAACAGCUUGCCAAUUAAUAACUGAUUUAACACCUUUAGAUUGGGCUACUUGUGUUCAAUUGACUCAUUCAACAUAUCAAUGGCUUUCUUAUGCUUUCUACACUCCUGGAUAUAGUAGCUCAGAUUAUAGUAGAGCUGUUAAUGGAUCUAUUAUGCAAGGAUACUCUUUCUAUGUGUCUGAAAUAACUGCUACAGAGAUGACUUGUUCAGGAUAUUCACAUGUUAUAAGAAUAGAUGUUACGAUGUCUAAUGCUGGAGUUGCACCAUUCUAUUAUCCACUUAUUCUAAAUCUCGAUCAAGUUUCUUUUGUUUACUCUUUCGAUAUAGCGGCACAAACCUAUGGAAUGAUACAAUUUUUCAUAUGGCUCAGUAGUCCAAAUCUUGUUGGAAGUCAAGCAAUUGUAUUUGCUAUUUCCGGUGCCAGUACUUCGGGAAUCAUCCAGCUUCCCGCAGUUUCUAUUGAAGCUUGUGCGACGCAAAGCUUUAGCACAGGUUGUACGUCUUAUAUCACCUCUGCUCAGGCCAAUGGAACCCAGAGCACUUCAUAUACUGUUACUUCCAGUUCUAACGUUCAUUUAUUGCUGUCACCGACGAAUGUCAAGCGAGUAGUAGAAUGGAACACACUUAAAGUUAAAUGGGGACCAGAUCCGUUGGUAACUAACGAUGAUGCCUUUGUUCGACAGCCGCGAACAGUUCAACAAGCUUUACAAGAACAAUAUAAAAGGCUUCCAAAUGGCCUAGGAGAUCAAUGUAUUGGUAAGACGACUGUUGGUUAUCACUACUGGAAAAAUAAUGAUACUGCAGUUAUUCUUCUGUUUGAUAGACAAGGAACUAUUGCUGGUAUUCAAAUGGCUUUUCCUCGAUUAUUGGCUAAGGAUAAAUUUUAUUCAUAUGAUACUCAAAAACUGUUUAAUAGAGAGACAAUUAAUAAUGUUGACAUGUACACAAUUACUGCCUAUUUUAUCGAACCAGCUAAAAUAUGCACUGUGGGACGAACACUAUCACGUCUUGAACAUGAAGGAACAGGAACAGGUCUCUUUUUUCAAAAUGGCACAAAUCCAUUGCAAGAUUCUAUUGAAGUACCAUUUUGGGAGAAUGAUAUUGGUAGAACAAAAUGGACUCGAGGAGCGUGUUUCAAAACGAUGGGUAAUCAUUACUGGUAUGAUAAUCAUUUGAAUAAGAACUGUUCCGAGUUUCUACCAGGCUUUGCGCUGUACAACAAAGGACAAUUGAGUGCCUUUGGAUGGAUUAUUGUUGACAAGUUUGACUUCUCCCCACGCAUUGAAUUUCCACCAAAGACAGCUAUUCUUUCGUUUCUCAAUCCUGUCCCAAAAUGUAUGUCUCAACAAUACGAUGACGCUGGCGGCUUUAGCACAAUGCAUACAUAUUUCAACACAGAUCCAGCCAAUCUUGAAUGUUAG